AUGGUGGGCGCGAUGCCUGUUAAUAUAAUACCAAAAUUUUGUAACGGUGCCAUGGACAGCCACAAUGCGGGUGACGAUUGUGAUACCCAAGUGUUUAUCGGUAGUCGGGUCAAAAUCAAUGAUGAUUUUGGUACUGUAAAAUAUAUCGGGGAAGUGCAGGGCUACAAAGGGAUAUGGUACGGCGUAGAGUGGGAUAACGCUGAAAGAGGAAAACACGACGGUAGUGUUGACGAUGUGCAAUAUUUUAAGACCACUAAACCUAAUGCAGGUUCCUUUAUUCGUCCCAAUAAAAUUGCUCCCUAUAAAACCUGCGCUGAAGCCAUUCGAAGAUACUACGGUGAUCGAGAGGAUGAAACAGUAGCAGCACAUCGUAGGACUAUCAUCAAUGAAUGGAAGAGAGAAAUGGGUGCACCCUUUAUAGAGAUGGUGGGCUUUGAGAAGAUACACCAAAAGCAAAAGUUCGACCGUCUUCUAGAAGUUUGCGUGCACGACCAAAACGUAUCUAAAGCGGGCAAUGUGGCCACAUUAUGUCCGAAUGCGCGAAGUCUUGAUAUUUCUCAAAAUCUGUUCUCUAAUUGGAGGGAAAUCAUACAACUGUCUGCUCAGCUACCUGAUCUAAGGGAAUUGGAUGUUAGCAAAAACCGCAUGGCAAUCGAUAUGCCAGAAGAAACAUUGAAUCAACUAUCAAUUAAUUUUGCAAAUUUGGAAAAAUUAAACAUUUCCGUAUGUGACUACGAAUGGUCGGACCUCCUUGCUCUAUCACACCUAUGGCCGAACAUCGAAGAACUCAUUGCAGCUUAUAACAGAAUUAAAAAAAUAACUGCACCCAAAGUCACUUUACAAACCCUGACCACGUUAAGAUUGGAUGGAAAUCCCAUAGAUUCAUGGAAGGAAGUAAUUAAUCUGGGCAUGUUGAAAAACUUGAAAGUGUUAAGCCUCAACGACUGUGCUAUUGAAGAAAUUAAAUUCAACAAUGAUCCCGGUAAUGCCAAAGUGGAUGUAUUUGAAAAUUUGGAAAUUUUGUUCUUGAACCGAAAUAGGAUUAAUGAUUGGCGAUCUGUAAGUGAGUUGGACAAAUUGAAAUCCCUCAAGAAGCUGUACUUCCUAAAGAACCCCGUGCAGAACCUCGAAGACUACGACACUGGAUCUCAGAUGAUUAUAGCGAAAAUCGGCAAACUGCAGGAACUAAACGGCUCUCUAAUAACUCGUGAACUACGUCGUGGGGCGGAAUAUGACUAUAUGAAACGAUAUGGCGCCGAAUGGAAAUUAGUACAAAGUGACCCACUACGGAAAAUGGCUUUCGAUAUAGAGCACUGCAGGUUCCAAGAGCUUAUUGAAAAAUAUGGUAUCCCAGACGACAGCCUUCUAGUCAAAAAAUCAAAAACAACAACUCUCACUUCACAACUACUAGAAAUAACACUACAAGAUGAAAACGGUAAAGUUCUCAAAAAGAAAUUUCCAUCCACAAUGGCUGUACAGAAACUGGUGACACUGGCUCAAAGACUUUUCAAAGGCAACACUGGAUAUCCAACAUUAUUUCUCUUGGACGAUAAUAUGCAAGGAGCAGAAAUAGCUUUGGAUAAUGUCAUGAAAGAUUUAGCUUACUUUUCUAUUCAAAAUGGUGAUGUCAUACUAAUCAGAUUCAGA